CGCGCGCCCGCCCGCCCGUCCUCCGGUCCCUGCAAGGCCAUCGGUCCGUCCGCCCGUCCUCCCGGCGCUCCUCCGCUCCGAACCGCUAUCCCGGCCGCCUUCGUCGCCUCCUCGGUCCCGAUCGCCGGUAGCGCGUCCCCCACGCUCCCGGGCCGGUGCCGCCGCUACGCGAGGCCGGGGAUUGGGCAGCGCGCGUAGGCCGCGCCUCGGCCGAUCGAGCCGGAAUAAAGGGGCGGCCGAGCACCGCGGGUCUCCUCGCGCCCCGCGCCCGCCUCCGCGGGUGGCCCAGAGCAGAACUCGGCAUCUGGGAAGGCAGAGCCUCCCUCCCUGGCAUUGUGGGCACCCGCCUGGAAGAGCCCCCUGAGCCGCCGGCAGAGCCUUGUAGUCUGUCUGGGCGAAUGACCUGGGCCAUCUGACCGGUCCCUGCUCUGUGCCUUGUCCGAGGUCCUUGUCUGCCCCUGAUCCCGGGGCACCUUCUCUCUCUGGGUUGGGUCAUCUUAAUCGGGGAAACUGAAGCCGCUACUGUCCAAGCCCUGCUUCAUCUUCCCAAGCAUGUCGGAGAGCUGGCAGCAGCCGCCGCAGACGCAGCCGCAGCAGCCGCAGCCCCCGCAGCCCCAGCACCACCCGGAGCCGCCGCCGGCCCUGGCGGAGCAUUCGCUGCCGCCCGGCACUGCCGAGAACCCCCUGGGCUGCGCCGUCUAUGGUAUCCUCCUGCAGCCCGAUCCGGGCCUGCAGCCCCCGCAGCAUGAGCCCCUGCAGGCGGCCGGGGAGCCAGGCCCCAAGUGCGGGGUGUGCGGGCACGACCUGGCGCACCUGUCCAGCCCGCACGAGCACCAGUGCCUGGUGGGCCACGACCGCUCGUUCCAGUGCACGCAGUGCCUCAAGAUCUUCCACCAGGCCACCGACCUGCUGGAGCACCAGUGCGUGCAGGUGGAGCAGAAGCCCUUCGUCUGCGGCGUCUGCAAGAUGGGCUUCUCGCUGCUCACCUCGCUGGCCCAGCACCACAGCGCGCACAGCGGCGCGGGCGCCAACGGCGGCCUGGUGAAGUGCUCCAUCUGCGAGAAGACCUACAAGCCGGCCGAGGCGGCGGAGCCUGUGGCCACAGGGGCGGCGGCCCCCUCGCUGCCCCCGCCGCCGCCCCCGCCGCCCGCCGUGGUCCCCGCCGCCGCCGCCGCCGCCGCCCCCCCGGAGCAGGUGGACAAGCCCUACAGCUGCCCCGUGUGCCAGAAGCCCUUCAAGCACCUGUCGGAGCUGUCGCGGCACGAGCGCAUCCACACGGGCGAGAAGCCCUACAAGUGCACGCUGUGCGACAAGAGCUUCAGCCAGUCGUCCCACCUGGUGCACCACAAGCGCACGCACAGCUCCGAGCGGCCCUACCGCUGCGCCGUGUGCGAGAAGACCUUCAAGCACCGCUCGCACCUGGUGCGCCACAUGUACGCGCACUCGGGCGAGCACCACCUGUUCCGCUGCAACGUGUGCGAGCUGCACUUCAAGGAGUCGUCCGAGCUGCUGCAGCACCCGUGCACGCCCAGCGGCGAGCGGCCCUUCCGCUGUGGCGAGUGCCAGAAGGCCUUCAAGCGGCCCUCGGACCUGCGGCAGCACGAGCGCACGCACAGCGCCGAGCGGCCCUUCAAGUGCGACCUGUGCCCCAUGGGCUUCAAGCAGCAGUACGCGCUCAUGCGGCACCGGCGCACGCACAAGGCGGCCGCCGCCGCCGCCGCCGCCGCCGCCGCCGCCGCCGCCGCCGCCGCGGAGGAGCCCUUCAAGUGCGGCCUGUGCGACAAGGGCUUCGGCCAGCCCGGCCACCUGCUCUACCACCAGCACGUGCACACCCUGGAGACCCUCUUCAAGUGCCCCGUGUGCCAGAAGGGCUUCGACCAGUCCGCCGAGCUGCUGCGGCACAAGUGCGCCCUGCCCGGCGCCCCCGAGCGGCCCUUCAAGUGCUCCGCGUGCAGCAAGGCCUACAAGCGGGCGUCGGCCCUGCAGAAGCACCAGCUGGCCCACUGCUCGCCGGCCGAGAAGCCCCUGCGCUGCACGCUGUGCGAGCGCCGCUUCUUCUCGUCCUCGGAGUUCGUGCAGCACCGCUGCGACCCGGCCCGCGACAAGCCGCUCAAGUGCCCGGACUGCGAGAAGCGCUUCAAGUACGCGUCCGACCUGCAGCGGCACCGGCGCGUGCACACGGGCGAGAAGCCCUACAAGUGCCCCAGCUGCGACAAGGCCUUCAAGCAGCGCGAGCACCUCAACAAGCACCAGGGCGUGCACGCCCGCGAGCAGCAGUUCAAGUGCGUGUGGUGCGGGGAGCGCUUCCUGGAUGUGGCCCUGCUGCAGGAGCACAGCGCGCAGCACAGCGCCGCGGCCGCCGCCGCCGAGGGCGCCUACCAGGUGGCCGCCUGCCUGCCCUGAGCGCCCGCCUCCUGGUUCAGAGGCCCCUCUCCACCCACCUCCGCGCUCAGAGGCCCUGGGCGUGAGGUCAGGAGAGCGCCCAGCAGGUGGUGAGAGAGAGGCCUGGCACUUCUGGACCCCGCCCGGAGGCGGGGGAGCCAGACGGCCCUGGCUGGUCCCCGCCCUGCAAACCGCUUUCCCACCAGAGGAUUCGUCUUCUUGGGAGCCGUCGGCCUUCCUUAUCUC